AUGGACACACUCGCUCCCUACCUCCGUCAAGCUACAUCCCUCUCUACACUCCACAUCUUCAGCUACGGUAUCCUCAGCGGCACAACCAUCUGGCAUACCUUCAUCAAUGGACCCCUCGCCUACAAGACCCUUCCCAGACAACAAUUCGGCGCCCUCCAAAAGCGCCUCUUCCCAACCUUCUUCACGCUACAGACUGUGACGGGUGCAUUUUGUGCCUGGACAAGCUACAUCGCACCGGCAUCGACGUGGAAUGAAGUCGUUGCCCUCUCUGUUGUGGCGACAUCGGGUCUCCUCAACUUGCUCCUGAUCGGGCCCUGGACAACACGAAUCAUGGAUGAGCGUCAUAAGCUCGAACGCUCUACCAAUACAAAAUACACAGAUACGGACAUCUCACCAGACAUGUCAAGGUUGAAUUUGCGCUUUGGUAUCGCGCACAGCGUGAGCUCAAUCGUCAAUUUGGCAGCGCUGGGUGGGAUUCUUGCACAAACGGUUCAUCUUGGUGCACGUCUCCACGACUAG